GCGGUCUCUCUCUCUCUCUCUCUCUCUCUCUCUCUCUCUGCAACAGGGGCUUCUGUGUUAACUGAGGCUAAAUAAGCACAGAUGAACUGUGGAGCACAUUCAGAAAAAUGUCCUGGCGAUGUAUGUGUGACUUCACAAGCCCCUCGGAGCCCGCAGGAGGAACGCGUCGCCUCUCACACACUCUGACAUGAAGCGGGCAUGUUCCUCCGAGAGGACUCUCCUGCUCCACUGACUGCGUUUGAUCUUCAUCCUGGACCUUCAGACAGCGCGGACACCCGACAUGAAGAACCCGCAUCUGGACGGACACUGCAAGAUCCUGACCUCGGGGGACAAGAGACUGAAGCGCAGAGCGCGAGAGCCGCUCCAGCGCGUCAGUGACGAGCAUUCACCCUACUUUAAACUGUACAAGGACGCGCAUCUCAUGGCACAGACGGACGGCGGUGCGAGAGAGACGCGCGCCUCGGGGGUCUUCGCGUCGGGGGACGACGGCGCCCUGGAUAUGAGGAUUAACACUUCGGUGUCUGGAGAGGCUCCUGACUCCAAACUGAGAGCCGUCCCAGAGAACACUGUCAGUGGCAGGACCGCUCAAUCGAGCACGCGCAGCGCGCAGGUUUUUCCUCUGGAGCGAGCGUUGUCUCAGCGCGCCGCCUCUCAGGCGCCUGGCGAGAGCGCGCAGUCACCCAGGAGACGCGCGGGAGAGCCGCCGGAGAUCAAAGCCAUUCAGCAGACGCGCAGACUGCUGGCGAACGCGCGCGAGAGGACGCGCGUGCACACCAUCAGCGCAGCCUUCGAGGCGCUGCGAAAGCAGGUGCCCUGCUACUCGUACGGCCAGAAGCUCUCCAAGCUGGCUAUAUUAAGAAUCGCCUGUAACUACAUCCUGUCUCUGGCUCAGCUGGCAGACCUGGACUACUCUCCGGACCAGAGCCAGCUGAGCUUCAGGGAGUGUGUGGAGCAGUGCACCCGGACGCUGCAGGCCGAGGGACGCUCCAAGAAGAGGAAGAGCCAGACACCAGAUGUUCUCAGCGCUGCUUGGGAAGUCCUGCUGGCGCCACUCAGGGCAGAGGGCAGGGGGAAGGCACGCGAGCCGGAGCCCAGAGAACACAUUCACUGCAGGAACUGGCACAUUCCCCAGCGCGCUCUUGGCCCGCUUCCCAGCUCUCUCUUGGCCAUCUGUUCCAAAAAAACACUUUGAAAUAAAAACGCAGCGCUCAUCACUCUCUUAGGAUACGGCUCCACGCAGCAGCUGUUACAGAGGCGAGGGGAAGCGGGAGGAGGGGCGCCGGCCAAGAAAGAAAUCCCUUUGUCAAGUAGAGCCAGUGAGUCUGAGGGGAAAAAUGUUUUGGCAAAGCUCUGAGCGAACAUGGAAAUGUGCAUGAAUGUUGCAACUCGGGAACCUUUUUCAACAAGUCCAUUUCAAAGCAAAUAGACUGCUAUAUCCAGUCAGAAUACUGUGCUUUUGUUGUUUGGAUUUUUGACAGCUUUUUGACAUUGAUUUUGUUGUUGUUCUUCA